AUGCGUCUUCAGAGGGUACGGGGCGCGAGCUUCAAGGAGGAGUACACAUACGCGGUGUUUCGUCGUCCACGUCUCGAGGCAGCGAUGCGGGAGACGGUGGCGACUCGAACACUUCUCGCACCAAAGGCCAGUACGCUGGCGGACCGGAUAACUGUUGUUUUGGACCUUGAUGAAACGCUUGUGUAUGCGCGUGAGGGACCGCUUUAUGUGCGUCCCGGCAUAGAAGAGCUUUUCCAGUUUUUGGAGGAGAAUUGUGAGUCGGUAGUCUGGACAGCAGGUAUGAAGCAGUACGCGGAGGCGGUUGUCCGACUUAUUGACACCAACGGCAGUGUGCACCAUACAAUUUAUCGCGACAGCACGUGGUUUAGAGGAAGAUCCUGUCGCAAAGAUCUGACCCUAUUGGGUAGAGACACGGAGACGACAAUUGUGUUUGAGAACACACCCGACUGCAUCCGCGGAUUUGAGCAAAAUGGGGUUCUUGUGGCAGACUACGAGGGUGGCGAGCUGGAGGACCAUACAUUGUACACCAUCCUCGGGCUCUUGAAGGACCUGGUGCGGCGCAGGAAAGAGGAACACAUCACCGUGCCGGAGUACAUCCGCAGCUCGAGCCUUCUUGACCUGCGGGUGGUUCCAACCGACAAUGGGGACGAGAUGUCGUGUUACUGUCUGAAUGCAUGUUUUCCUGAGCUAGAGGGAAGAAAGUGUACGCCCGUGCGAAUUCACAAGAUUCUUUGCCGCACUGGCGACCGUCGCAAUAUCGCGGUUCACUAA